AGUGGUGGAGCUUGUUGGAUACAUACUUGCUCAUGUCCUUUACUCUCACCCUUCCUAAAACUCUCCCCUUAAACCCUACAGAUUCCAACUCUGAGAGAGUGAGACGAAAUUUUAGCUGAAAAUGCUGGAAAUUGGAAGUCCCAAUGCUCUGUUUUUCCGUACGAACACUACUUGUAAUAAUCUUCUCCGCGAGCUUCAGAAAAUAUGGGUUGAAAUCGGUGAAAGUGAGACUGAGAAAGAUAGGAUGCUGAUGGAACUGGAGAGAGAAUGUCUUCAAAUCUAUCAAAGAAAAGUUGACGAGGCUGCAAAUUCUAAGGCAAAGCUUCAUCAGUCUGUUGCAGCAAUUGAAGCUGAAGUUGCUUCUCUAAUGGCUGCCCUUGGUGUGUUAAACAUCAACUCACCCAUUAAACUGGAUAAAGGCUCAAAAUCAUUGAAAGAAAAGCUUGCAGCUGUGACCCCUCUAGUUGAGGAAUUGAGGAUUCAAAAAGAGGAGAGAAUGAAACAGUUUUCGGAUAUAAAAUCUCAAAUUGACAAGAUUAGUGGGGAAAUCUCAGGAUAUAGUGACCAUCUCAACAAGGCAAUGAUCAGUUCCUUGACUCUCGAAGAACAAGACUUGACUCUGAGGAAACUUAACGAGUAUCAAACACAUCUCCGCACGCUUCAAAAGGAAAAGUCUGAUCGUCUCGACAAAGUGUUGGGUCAUGUCAACGAAGUCCACGCACUGUGCGGUGUUCUUGGAGUUGACUUUAGUCAAACGGUUAGUGAGGUUCAUCCAAGCUUGCAUAGGACAGACCAAGAGCAAUCGACAAACAUUAGUGAUAGCACAUUAGAGGGUCUUGAGCACAUGAUUCAAAAGCUAAAAACUGAAAGGAAAGCCCGAUUUCAAAAGCUGAAGGAUGUAGUAGCUUCACUUUUCGAGCUAUGGAAUCUAAUGGACACACCACAGGAGGAGAGAACUAAAUUUGGAAGAGUUACUUUUGUUGUAAGAUCAUCUGAAUCUAAUGUCACUGAGCCGGGCAUCCUUUCAACUGAGACCAUUGAACAGGUAUCUUCAGAAGUGGACAGUCUCAGUAAACUGAAAGCAAGCAGAAUGAAGGAGCUUGUAAUGAAACGAAGAUCCGAGUUAGAGGAUCUGUGCAGGCUAACUCACAUUCAACCUGACACAAGCACUUCUGCUGAGAAGUCAACUGCAUUAAUAGAUUCUGGAUUAGUGGACCCUUCAGAGCUUCUUGCAAAUAUUGAAAUGCAAAUUAACAAGAUUAAAGACGAAGCACAAAGCCGAAAAGAUAUCAUGGACAGAAUUGACCGUUGGCUCUCCGCAUGUGAAGAGGAAAAUUGGUUGGAAGAAUAUAAUCUGGAUGAGAAUCGGUAUAGCGCUGGAAGAGGUGGACAUGUAAACCUCAAGCGAGCAGAACGAGCUCGGGUUACAAUCAAUAAGAUCCCUGGAAUGGUUGACACUCUUAUCAAGAGAACUCUUGUAUGGGAAAAAGACAUGCAGAAUACAUUUCUAUACGACGGUGUUCGAUUGGUUAACAUACUAGAAGACUAUAAACUGACAAGGAAACAACAGGAAGAGGAAAAGAAAAGAUACAGGGAUCAAAAGAAGAGGCAGGAUCUCCUACUAACCCAAAGGGAAUCCAUUUACGGAUCAAAACCAAGUCCAAGAAGAAGCAGCAGCUUCAGAAAGCCCAAUGGUUUCAACAUUAGCAAUGGGAAUGGUUCAGUUCCACCCACGCCUCGUAGAAGCUCAGUAGGGACAACAACUCCUGACCUUCUUCUAACCCCAAGAUCUUACUCGGGUCAUCAUCGCCAAAACGGGUAUUUCAAAGAAGUUAGGAGACUCACUUCUACCCCCUCAAACUAUGUGGCCAUGCAAAAGGAAGAUACUGUUUCUACUACCUACACAUCGAUUUAUAGCUCUGAGCCAGACUCGCCUCUCCAAGGCUGACUUGACUCUCUUUUGCACUGGAUUUGUGGAGUAAUGUUAAUGGUAAAAAGAAGAUGUGAAGGAGACUUGUGAAUACAGAAGGUGACUGACUUUUAGGAGAUAUGGUGAGAUAAGAGUAAAAAAUAAAUGUGAAAUUUGUUAUUCUUUAGAGGUUACAAGUUUCUCUAUUUUGAAGUGAAAAGAAUACUAUUGUUUUGUGUUAAUGCCCGUGUGAAAGUGUGAAUGGUUAUUGUUGUGCGUACGCAUUUUGUGUAUAAUAUACGUAUUUGCUUUAAGCUUUA